CGCACAUGCGAACCGUACUCCUACUUACUCGGUCGUCUCGUUGAUAAUGAUGGUAGUGUCGCUUCCUCAUCGAAGUCUGUCGUGAGGAAACCCUUGAUGUUGAUAUCGGGGUUCGCUAUCUUAAGUGGGCGAGUGUUCUUCAUCUUGUCAUCAGUCUGAUCUAAUAGUAAAUCAAGAAGUCUUCUAAGGGAACAUACCAAGUACGUUUUUCUCUGUCGAGACCGCGUCCAAGAUGUAGUGUCCUUUCAGCACCGAAUUUCUCCUGUCCAGUAUUCAUCGGUAUGCAUUGCAUGUCAGAGCCACCAGCCCCCUUUACCCACUCCCACUCACAACAAACAGGACUUCAUAUGAGAUGUGCGUAUCCAUCCCCAUCGUCCCUUGUUUUCCCCGUUAUUUUUUGAUUUUGAUGCAGGUUUUGAACUCCUCCACUCACCGAUCGAUACUAUUCUGUUUCAGACACACACGCAGCUCUAUGUCUAUCAUUUCUUCGAGGUACAAAAGUACUAAAAUAAAUAAGGGCUUUCGGCUGGUUCAAACAGAGAGUUUAUCAUAUGCGUCAACUGUUGAAUAGCAAUUGGCAGGGUGAUGCGUGUCUAUGUGUUUUUUUUUGAAGAAAGCCCCAUCUUCACGAUUUUCUUGCGUGAGGCUCUCUUGGCGCACGAGUGACGAUUCUCCCGUGAUGAAGCUGACCACCAAGCAGGUUUAGAAGGCACAUUCUUGGUUUGAGCAGCGCAAUAGCCGAUAAAGAUACACAUCCACGCUCGUCAUCACCCAAUGGCGUCAACAUCCUUUGAACAACCUUGUAGUCCCGUUUCCGCGAAGGUUGUGGAGCAGAACGCGGGAGCUGCGGGAACUGCUACUUCUUGGGGAGCAAGAAUGAUGCAAAAUGCAACCUCUACACCAGGGUUCCCAGUGUCGCCUAUGAAGCUGUUUCAGGCUCCGAUAAACUACUUGCAGAGACGUGUGCCAGACGCGAGAUGGGGAAGGUAUUCCUCGUGGCCGAAGGAGGAAAACGCGGGAGAUGCGUCAUCAUCUUCUAGCGGCGCAGCGUGUUACACUUAAGGCUACAAGAAAUCCAUCUUCGCACGCAUCUCGGUUCCCUUUCUAAAUGGAAGAGGGGGCUCAAGGUGCUGCUGAAAAUGGAUUUCUCUUAGUUCUAAUGCACUAGCUUACGACGGAGAUGGCCGCUUCGACGCUGGACCCUCCUCGAACUGGC